UCUCUCUCUCUCUACCAUCUGAGUUUCUCAGACUCGUGCUCUCCCUCCAUGGUCUCUCUCUCUACAGAAAACCCUAGUUAAUUGUAAUUCAAGAAAUUCGAACAGGAUCAAUGGAGAAGAAACUAUCCUCGAGAAGAGAGCUGUUGGACCGCUGGAGAGUCAUUGAGGAGGAAGCGGACGAAGACGACGAUCGCAUUGACCCCUCCAAACGGCACCGUCUCCACCACAACAAAGAACAAUGGUUUGCAGAUGCAUUUAGUUUCUUGAUCUGUUUGCCAAAAGAAAAUCAUAUUUGGUGUGGGUCGUGGGACUUAAUGGGGCCUCUUCUGGAGACAUUUUAUAACUACUUCAAAGAUGACAAUGCUGAUUCUCCUCUUAGACAACUAUGGAGGAGAAUCUCUGAGGAAAUGCGGCAGUGCAUCCAGUGCAUUUCCCAGCACUAUCAAGCCCAAGAGAUGUAUAUCAUGGAGUAUGAGACAAGUUCUAUUGGUCCCCUCUUGGAUGUUUUGCGAAGUCUCGAUGAGGAAAGAGUGACACAGCACUUGAUAGAGAUAAAUACUAAAUUAGCCCGAAAAGAAUAUGAUGCUGCCCGUGAUAAUGCAGAAGUCAUUAGUGUCAUGUAUGAGGUUCUAAUGUUCCCUGUAUUAUUGGAUGAUGAGUCCUUAUUCACUGAGUUUGAAAGAUUCAUUGAAGCAGUUGACAGCAUGCAUGAACUGGCUCUGGCUGGACAGCAACAGUUUCCGGGUGUUUAUGCAUUAUUUUUCUUCAAGAGAAGAGUGCGCUCUAUUGGUCAUCGUCUAGCUGGUUCUAUGGGAAAACUGAGGAGAGCAACAGAUUUGGAACCCUUGCAGCCUAUACUUAAGAAAUUCAUCGGCUUCUUGGAGACUGAAGUGUUACCGUCAACUUUGAAAACUUCAAGGCCCAGAGUGCAGUUGGAGCGUACAUCCAUAUGGGUUGGAAUAAAAUCUCUGCUUGGGUUUUUGGAACCUCCAGCUUUUGAAGAAGGGAUAUUAGAGCGCUAUCCUAUUUUUCUUGAUAUUGUACUCAACCAUAUUAGUGGCGAUUCAUCGGAAUUCUCUCAUGCAGUUUCUUGCUUGAGAAUACUCUUUGAAAUGCUUGGUUGUAAGCUUUGGUUGAGAUCAACACUGUCUCCAAGUGUGAUGCGGAAUACUCUGAUAGGGCAGUGUUUUCAUACUCGAAGCGAGAAAAGCCAUAAGGAUAUUUUUGAUCUUCUUCAGCCUUUUCUGCAGUCUCUUGAAGCUUUGCAAGAUGGGGAACAUGAAAAACAGCGCAGGCAUUUUCUCUAUUUUCUCCUCAUUCAGGUGCCUGCGAGCAGUAACUUCAGUGGCUUAACGAGGCAAAAGGCUUGUCAGAUAGCACUCCUUAUUAUACAUCGAGGCUACACGAUGAACCCGCCUUGUCCUCCUUCUGAAUGCGCACAUAUGUGGGGCCCUUCUCUUGUGUCAUCGUUAAAGGAUUCUUCACUUCACAAUUCUCUAAGGCAACCUGCCUUUGAUCUGAUACAAACUAUCAUGGUGUCUGAUGCUGCUGUGUUAGUAAGCACAGUGCUAAAUACCCACCUAAACCUUUGUUCUGAAAGAAGCAUGUCCUAUGAGUUGAAUGAUGAAGAUGAUGAGGGGCUUCCAUUUGCUGAGAAUACAAAAGAGCAGGAUAAUAGCUCAUGGAGUGAAUUUAGCAUACAAAGUAAAAUUGCAUCCCGGGAAUUUAGAGAGUGGAUGUGCAUUCCAAUGUUAUGGAUUGAUGUCCUUGCUGACAUCAAUCCAUCAGUUCUUCCUAUAUCAUUUUCCAAGGCUGUUUUGUGGGCACGAUCUCGUUUUCCUAUGGUAGAACCAGUGACUGGUGCAGAAACGGCCCUUCCAGUCAGAACCUGGCUUUCAUCAUCUUCUGCAGAAAUAUCUUCAACCUUUGGGUGGAAGGUUCCUACUGGUUCUGACGAUGGUGGAGAUGUAGUGUCAAAGAAUGCAAUAAAAGCCUCGACAAUGCCUCUUCCUCUAAUACGAACAUUCAACAGGUUAACAACACAUUUUCUGGUUCAUGUGGGGCAGGGGGAACUUCGUAAGCAGUGGACGUGGGAGCCAAGGAUGGGUGAAAGCUUGUUCCUCUCACUUAUAGAUCCCAAUGAUGAUGCAAGGAAAUUUGGCAAGUCAAUCCUGGAACAGGUUUCCAAUACACAGGGUCUUGCUUGUAGUUUGACAUUCCUAUGUUCUUAUAGGUCUUCAUUGUCUGCUGUCUUUUUGGGCUUGAGACAUGCUGUGAAACUGGUCCAACUGGAUAUUGUUUUAUUAAAGUUUCAGACUCUGCAUCAUUUUUUCUUUGUUCUGCGGAGACUACUUAUUGAUGGGGAUUCACGUGCUGCGGAUAUUCCAGAAUCUGACCACUUAAAUAUGGCAAAAUUCUCUUCCCAAGGUGGAUUUCUCAGGCAGCCAGUCUUUGAUUCAUCCCCUCCCAACAAUGGGCAUUCACCAAAUGUUGACCUAAAUUUACUGAAAAGAUUUUAUAACUUGAUAUCGGAAACUGCAUGGCCUUCCAUCUGCAGGUGCUUAUUGGAAGGAAAAGCAUUUAUUGAUAACAGUAUUAAUCAGAUGACUUGUGUACGCAUACUUGAGAUCCUCCCAUGUGUAUUUGAAAGAAUAUACUCUGGCGUACGGGAAAACACAUGUGACUUCUCAUGGCUACAUGAUUUUAUGGAUUGGGGAAAGUCAUCACUUAAAACUGUGGUUGUAUACUGGCAACGAACAAUCACAUCCUUGUUGAAGCUGCUGAAAGGGUCAUAUAACAGUGCUAUUGCAUUGACAAUCAGCACCAUUGAAAAUCUCAUUUCAUGUGGCUUAUCUUUUGAGAAGUAUUCAGCUCCUUAUGUGCAACCCUUGUCCAUCAAGGAUCCAGAUGUCCAAAUCUUGCACUCACCAUCGGUGGAUAAUAGAAAGCAUAGAGAUGACAUGAUUGUCCUUUCUGAUGAGGAAACUACAGCUGUUUCACCAGAUGAAGUAAUUUUGUCUGAUACUAAGGUGAGUCGGUGUAUGGCGGAUGACAAGACAAUUGCUCCUAAUGAUGACAAAAGCACUUCAUAUACCGAAUCUGUGAAGAAGGUUUCUGGUGUUUAUACAUCCAAGUUUUAUUUGAAGGCCUUUGAGAAAAGAGAUGCUACAGAUAGUGCUCACUUGGCUGUUCAGAAACGGGAGAUUGAUAGAUCUAUAGGAAAACUGCCACCUGUUUUCUCCCUGAAAUCAAAAGAUGAAGAUAAUAACAGGAAAUUCCAAAAAGUUGAAUCAAGCUCCAACGCUUCAUUGAAAGAGAUAGUAAGUGAUGCCAAAGACAAUUCCUUGGAGUCUUCUCUCAAUUCGGCCAAGCAUCAGCAGUCACCUUUGGAAAAAAUUAGCAUUGCUGCUCCUAAACGACAACUCAUUCAGCUUAAAUCACCUUUGCUGAACAGGCCUAGCCAUUUACAAAGGCUGGAAGCUCGAGUGAAAAGGUUCAAGCCGCCAAAGCUUGAUGACUGGUAUAGACCUAUCUUAGAAUUAGAUUACUUUUCACUGGUGGGGGUAGCAUCUGGAAGUGAAAAUGAUAACCAAAAACGUGCAAAAUUAAAGGAGGUUCCUGUGCAGUUCCAAUCACCUGAACAGUAUGUUGAAAUUUUUUGUCCAUUGGUUUUGGAGGAGUUUAAAGCACAGUUACAUAGUUCUUUUAUAGAAAUGUCUUCAUGGGAAGAGAUAUAUUUUGGAACUUUAUCAGUGCUUUCAGUUGAAAGAAUUGAUGAUUUUCAUCACGUUCGCUUUGCUCACGAUGACAAUGAUUCUACAAUGUCAAGCAACUUUUCAGAAAAUGACCUAGUAUUACUAACAAAAGAGCCCCCCCAAAAAUCUUCUCAUGAUGUUCAUGUGCUUGGGAAGGUGGAGAGGCGUGAGUGGGACAAUAAAAGAAGGUUAAGUAUACUACUCAUCAGGUUUUAUCUGUUGAAUGGUACGUCACGUUUACAUCAAGCCAGAAGGAACCUCCUUGAACGCAGUAAAUGGCAUGCAAGUCGUAUUAUGAACAUUACACCUCAACUUCGUGAAUUUCAGGCAUUAUCAUCACUAAAGGAUAUCCCUUUACUUCCAGUUAUUUUGAAGCCUGCGAAUGAUUCUUAUGAUUCUAGUGAAAGCAAGGAAGUAGAUCUGAGCAAACUGUCCCAACCCUUGCAGCGUAUACUGAAGUCAUCCUUUAAUGACAGUCAACUUCAAGCUAUUAGUGUUGCCACUGGAACACCUAGGCGGAAGAAAGAUUUUGAAUUAUCCCUUAUUCAGGGUCCUCCAGGUACUGGUAAGACAAGAACAAUUGUGGCCAUUGUCAGCGCUUUGCUUGCUUCCCUUACCCAUAGGACAGAUCCUGACGAAAAAAUUCAUGAUCUCAGUUUGAAGCAAAUUUCAGUUCCCAAGAUUAACCAGGCUGCUGCUGUUGCAAGGGCGUGGCAGGAUGCAGCCUUGGCCAGACAAAUAAACGAGGAUGCCCAAAGGAAUAUGAACGCUGUAGAAAGUUGCUUGAGAGGAAGGGUCCUCAUCUGUGCCCAGUCUAAUGCUGCUGUUGAUGAAUUAGUGUCAAGGAUUUCUAGCCAAGGGCUGUAUGGAAGUGAUGGAAAGAUGUAUAAGCCAUAUCUUGUGCGGGUUGGGAAUGCGAAAACAGUUCAUCCAAAUUCGCUACCAUUCUUCAUUGAUACACUUGUUGAUCAACGGUUGGUGGAUGAGAAGAUGAAAUUGACAGACACAAAGAAUGAUUCGAGUGUCGAUUCUUCAACUACACUGCGCUCUAAUCUUGAAAAGUUAGUCGAUCGAAUUAGAUUCUAUGAGGCCAAACGUGCUAACUUAAAUGAUCGGGAUCCUGACCUUAAAAAGUCUUCUGUAGAUGAUAAUUAUAAGGGGGAUGAUGGGAAGGACAUGUCUGAUGCAGAAAUAUCUUUCAAGUUAAGAAAACUUUAUGAGCAAAAGAAGCAAAUUUAUAAGGAUCUUAGUAUUGUUCAGCAGCAGGAGAAGAAAACUAAUGAAGAAAUCAGAGGACUUAAAUAUAAACUGCGGAAGUCUAUACUAAGAGAAGCUGCAAUAGUGGUAACUACAUUAAGUGGCUGCGGGGGAGAUCUUUAUGGAGUGUGCUCUGAAUCUAUGUCAAGUCAUAAGUUUGGCAGUCCACCUGAACAUACUCUUUUUGAUGCUGUUGUUAUUGAUGAAGCUGCUCAAGCUCUGGAACCUGCUACUCUGAUUCCUCUUCAGCUUUUAAAGUCUAGGGGUACCCAAUGUAUCAUGGUUGGCGAUCCAAAGCAGCUUCCUGCAACUGUUCUUUCAAAUGUUGCCAGUAAAUUUCUUUAUGAGUGUAGCAUGUUUGAACGUUUACAAAGGGCUGGACACCGUGUUAUCAUGCUGACCAAACAGUAUAGGAUGCACCCAGAAAUAUGUCUGUUUCCUUCUUUGCAUUUUUAUGAGAAGAAGUUGCUGAAUGGCGAUCAUAUGUCCAGCAAAUCAGCAUUAUUUCACGAGACUGAAGGUCUUGGACCUUAUGUAUUUUAUGAUGUUAUUGAUGGCCGGGAGCAUCGUGGUAAGAAUGCCAGUGGGCUGUCCCUUUAUAAUGAACAUGAAGCUGAUGCUGCAGUUGAAUUACUCAAGUUUUUCAAAAAGAGGUACCCUUCUGAAUUUGUUGGUGGAAGAAUUGGCAUCAUAACUCCAUAUAAGAGUCAGCUCUCGCUGUUGCGUUCUCGUUUUUCUAGUGCCUUUGGAUCUUCUACCAUGGAUGAUAUGGAACUUAAUACCGUUGAUGGCUUCCAAGGUCGGGAGGUUGAUAUACUGAUACUUUCCACUGUUAGAGCGGCAGAGCCAAGCUCUGCUGCACCUGGAAGCAAUUCUAGCAGUAUCGGAUUUGUUGCUGAUGUAAGACGGAUGAAUGUUGCCUUGACCAGAGCCAAGUUCUCACUUUGGAUUUUGGGUAAUGCAAGGACUUUGCAGACAAACCAAAACUGGGCUGCUCUUGUGAAAGACGCUCAAAAGAGAAAUUUGGUUAAAACAGCUAAAAAGCCAUACAAGGACAUGUUCAAAACAGCUUCUGAGCAAAAUUCUGGUAAUCGUUCAUUGGAGCCACAACAUGUUCAAAAGGUUAAAGAUGCAAGUCUGCAUGCAAGGAAAUAUGCAAAGGAAGCACAUGAAAGAAAAACAAAACACAUUGAUCAUGUUUGGAGUAAAAGAAGACUUGGUGCUAGUGAACCAGAUGUUUCAGCAACUAAAGAUGAUACCAGAAUUAAAAUAGUGCAGGCCAGAGAUGAAUAUGAUUUACCACUGAAGGAUGGCUUUUCUACUGUCACUCCAGAUGCCCACGGUAAAAAUUCCAAGGAUGUCAAGUCCACAGAGUCAGAGGAACGUGUUACAAAUAGUGAAAGUAGAGAUAAAGAUAGCAAAAAAAGGAACAUUAAUUUGGACAAUACUCAAACUGGUAAGAGGAAAAACAGAUUUGAAAAUUCAAAAAGGGAUGCAGAUAACUCUGAACAAAGAACAGAUGACGGUGGACCUAUGAAAUUGCGAGAGUCAAAAAGGGCUAAGAGAUCUUUUGAUGGUGACAGAAGCCAGAAAAAGCAAGUUUUACCUCCCUCAGAUCAAACAAAGGAUGCAAGUGAUGGAGGUAGAGCUUCAAAUCAAGUUGCAACUUCUUUAGAUUUAAUUGCAAAAAGGAAAAAACAGCGAGAAGCUGUUGAUGCUAUACUUUGCUCAUCUCUGAUUCCUUCAAAGAAGUCUGAAAAAUCAAUAAACCCCGUGCCUGCUAAAAGACCUCAAUCGUUUUCCUCAACUGCAAGCAGUGGCAUAAAACCACCCAAGUCAAGGAAAGAUUGACUGGCCUGUUUCGGUGUUUUGUCAGUUUUGCCCAGAAUUCUCAAUCUGUGAACUUUCUCGCGCAGCCCAGAAUAUACAGCUGACUGCUUGCUUACAACGAGCCUAAGUUUUCCAUUCAUUUAUUUGAGAUUUGAAGAACGUCGUAAGCUUUUGCAGACUGCUAUAGAGAAUGUACAGCUGACUGCUGGCUUACAAUAUGCAGUAUUUGGUUGCAUCCCUCUACCGUCACAACGAGCAGGAGACGAGGUCCGAUUUGAAGGUGUUUCAUCUGAAAUUUCUGGUACGCCAUUGUAAAAUAGUCUUUUGAUAGGUGUGCCACAAUUGGUUUAGCUCGUAUCCUUUCUAUGGUUUUUGGAAGAUCAUGUGUAUAUAUCAGUCAGUGUAAAUACUAGUAAUUGUACUCUCUUUAAUUCAGAACUUUUCGUCACAUAAACCUCUGAUCGACCAAAGCAAUUUCAUCAAGGUAGAUUGUUAUAGUUUAUUAAAAGUCUCAGUUGUAUUGCCAUGGUUGUGCAAAGAAAUGAAUAUACUUGGUUUUUUUGUGUGUA